AGUGGCUAUGGUUCUCCACUGCCAGGAUAACUAAUUCUUCCUCGGCCGUCCUUUCUUCUACUCAUUAAAUCUACAUCGUCCGUUUUUUUCAUUACUCUCUUUCUCCAAUCUCUACCAUACCCAUUUUCUGUAAGCAACUAAAACUUCCUCUCCUUCUCCGACAACUCUCUCUAUCUCCGCUAGCAAUGGCAGCGUCUCUCCAAAACGCCGCGUUUUCCCUCCAAACCAAAAUCCCACCAUCAGCACGUCUCUCUAGACCCACCACCACCAAACCCCUCAAUCUCUCCUUCUCCGGCACUUUUCCUUCUCUCAACCUCACCAACGCCGCCAUCAAACACCGCCCCUCUUCCGGCGGGGGCGCAAGCGGAGCCAGAAUGUCAGCAACCGCUGCCGGCAGUUACGCUGCCGCCUUAGCCGAAGUAGCCAAAUCAAACAACACCCUCGACUCCACCUCUGCCGACGUGGAAAAACUCGAAAAACUUUUCGCGGACCCUGCAGUGCACGAUUUCUUCACCAGCCCAGUAAUCGACCCGGCAAAAAAGCAACAAGUUAUCGACGAAAUUUCAAAAUCGUCCGAACUGCAACCCCACACCGCCAACUUCUUAAACAUCUUAGUGGACGCGAAGAGAAUAGAUUUGGUGAAAGAAAUAGUGAAGGAAUUUGAGCUGGUUUAUAACAGGUUAACUGACACAGAGUUAGCUGUUGUGACUUCUGUUGUGAAAUUGGAGUCUCAGCAUUUGGCACAGAUUGCAAAACAAGUGCAGAAACUUACGGGUGCUAAAAAUGUUAGAAUUAAGACAGCUCUUGAUCCUAGUUUGGUUGCCGGUUUUACUGUUAGGUAUGGCGGUUCUGGGUCCAAGUUGAUUGAUAUGAGUGUUAAGAAACAGUUGGACGAAAUCGCUACCCAGCUUGAUUUGGGUGAUAUUGAACUUGCUGUAUGAUGAUUUUUAUUUCAUCUUGUAAUUCUUUUGUAAUGUGUAUUUUUGUUUGUUUUCCAUGUUGAACUUAAUUUUGUAUUAUUGUUAGUUUUUUUUUUCUUAAAAAAUACCCUUUUAUUAUAGAAUUUAAAUGGUAUAUGUAUUAUAUAUCAAUCAAAAGAUUGAUGGAUGGUUUCACUU